GUAUUUAGUCCCGGGUGACGCCAUGGUGGCUUUAUCUGGGAUCACGUAAACAUGAAAUGGUGCAUCGCUGCAUCGUGUAUCGAUUUACGAAAGUUACGGGAUGAUUAUAGAAUUAAUUUUGUGCGUGUGGUUUUUGUGUGUGAUGAUAAUCAUUAAGGGUCAUUGGACUUAGUUUUUUGUGAUCACGCCGCGGCCGAGUUUUAAACGCGGCGGCCGUAUGCAUUCGCGCAUGCGAGAAGGUGUCAAAAUCUAUAAUAGUUCCUGAGAUCGCAGCAUUGCGAUACAGCGGUGAUGAUAAUGGAACGACGUGACAAAUAUUGCGCGCGCCAGCGACGUCUUUGGCGCACGAGGCAUUGUGGGCAUCUGGUAGGGACGAGUGUCGAAGGCGUUUCCCUCCCGCGGGCUGGCGGAGAGCAGGCGGCCAGGGGCGUGCGCGGUGCGCUGCGGCCACACGUCGUGCUAGAGAAGAGACCGUGCGGAGCUCGCUCGCAAUCUACUUUAAUACUUAACUAAUCUUCCGUCUAUCAAUUACAAGCUGUCGAGAGCAAAACAUCUAAAACAUUUGUAUAUUGAUUUAAAUACACGUUUGUCGUACGGCCGUAGCGUUCUUUGUUACGCUAAGAAGGCAAACAGCCCUCGCACCAAAAGUUUUAUUGUUACAAGUUAGGCAUAUUUAUUCUUUUACUCGUAUUUCACUGGCCUUGGCUGUAUAAAAAAUAACCUACUUCGUAACUCGGAACGCAUAGCAGCCUGGCAGAUGCAGUGUUUGUGUUUUUAUUAUUGAAUAGACAAAGAAAAUUCGACCAUAAAAAUAAGUGUAAACCCGUCUCACAAAUGGUGUUAAAAAGUGAAAGUCACUUCAGAGCGCGGCAUUGUCAACUUUUCUAAUUGAGCGAAAUUUACGUACUGCAAAGCAAACAUGCGUGAACGCAAACAACGCAAGCUAUAUUCCGAUGAGUGGGCCUUGGGUGAUGAUGAAGCAGAAGGUGGGAGGGGAUUCUCUCUGGCUGACAAGCUGGAGAGCCCAAGAUUUGAGCAUUCCGGUGCUGUGCUGGAGAUGCACGGUUCAGACCUGACCGUGUCUUAUCUACAGAAGAAUGGAUUUACCACUCCGCUACUGUUUAAAGAAAAACUUGGAUUAGGACUGAGGGUGCCGACAAGCAACUUUACCGUCAACGAUGUGCGUAUGUGUGUGGGUUCACGACGGCUCCUCGACGUCAUGGAUGUCAACACACAGAAGAAUAUCGAGAUGAACAUGAAGGACUGGCAGCGUUACUACGACGAUCCAAACAAGGAACGUCUCCUCAACGUGAUCUCGCUGGAGUUCUCGCACACGCGGCUGGAGAACUACGUGCAGGCGCCGCGCAUCGUGCGUCUCAUCGAUUGGGUCGACACCGUGUGGCCUCGACACCUCAAGGAUCAACAGACCGAGUCCACCAAUGCUCUGGAUGAUAUGAUGUAUCCAAAGGUGCAGAAGUACUGCCUCAUGUCUGUGAAGGGUUGCUACACAGACUUCCACAUUGAUUUCGGAGGAACGUCAGUCUGGUACCACAUUUUGAGAGGCGCUAAGGUUUUUUGGCUGAUUCCACCUACUGAGAAAAACCUGCAGCUGUAUGAAAAGUGGGUGCUUUCUGGCAAACAGUCAGAUGUGUUCUUUGGAGACACUGUCGAGAAGUGCAUUCGAGUUCAUCUGCAAGCAGGUCAUACAUUCUUUAUCCCAACUGGUUGGAUACAUGCUGUGUACACCCCUAGUGAUUCUCUUGUGUUUGGUGGCAACUUCCUUCACCAGUUCGGUAUUGAAAAGCAGCUGAAGAUCGCGCAAGUUGAAGAUGUCACAAAGGUGCCCCAGAAGUUCCGCUACCCGUUCUUCACGGAGAUGCUGUGGUACGUCCUGGACCGCUACGUGUCCGCUCUGCUCGGCCGCUCGCACCUCGCCACCGAGGGCCAGGCGCCCGCGCUCACACCGCCUAAAGAACACAUACAUCUCACACAGAAUGAGCUGCAUGGACUAAAGGCGAUAGUGAUGUACCUGCAUCAGUUACCGGCAGCUCGGAAGUCGGUGCCGGAGCUACUGUCCGACCCGAUAGCGCUGGUCAAGGAUGUGAGGACACUGGUCGAGCAGCACAGACAUGAUAAACAACACCAGGCUGUUACUGGAGUGCCUGUGCUUAAAGGUCCGGACGACGUGGUGUGUUCUGAGCGGCGUCAGUCGGGCGGGCGCGGCGGCCGCGGCGGCGGGCGCGGGGGCGGCGCGCGCGCGCGGCCCGACCACGCCAACACCGCGCCGCGCAGGAGGCGCACCAGAUGUAAGAAAUGCGAGGCUUGUCAGCGUACAGAUUGUGGCGAGUGCGUAUUCUGUCACGACAUGGUCAAGUUUGGUGGAUUGGGUCGUGCCAAACAGACUUGCGUCAUGCGGCAAUGUCUACAGCCAAUGUUACCUGUGACGGCUUCUUGCGCGCUGUGCCACCUUGAUGGUUGGAUGCAGACGCCAGUGGCUCCUCAAGCCAAAGGAAACAACGGUCGCAACGGCCCGUCGACGCUGCGCGAGUGCUCGGUGUGCUACAGCAUCGUGCACCCGGCCUGCGUGCCGCCCGGCGGACAGAUCAACGAGGACCUGCCCAACUCCUGGGAGUGCCCCACCUGCACCAACAUGGGGCUCAACCACGACUACAAGCCCCGUCAUUUCCGCGCUCGUCAGAAGUCAUCGGACCUGCGGCGUAUGAGUGUGGGCUCCGACGUCGGCCAGAUCAGCCAUGGUUUGCAGAAUAAGAAUUCGUCAUCGACCCCUCAAUCUCAAAUGAAGUCGGAGGCUGGCUCUGACAAUGAAGGCAAAAACGAUGUCCCUCAUAUCAAAUCUGAAGAUGAAAUUAAACGUGAAGAGGAAGGCGGUGUGGGCGCCGAGGGCGAGGGCUGGGAGCCGCCGCUAAAGAAGCGCCGCUCCAGCGACGAGGACGAGGCGCCCAAGAAACAGGCGCUCAGGGCACAUCUCGCGCUGCAGCUCACACACCACUCUGCUAAGAUCAUGAAGAAGCCGCUGUACCCGAUCCGUCCGGCGCUGGGCGCGGGCGGCUGCAACGCGGCGGGCUCCCCGUGGCUGGUGCGCGAGGCCAUGCUGUGCGUGUUCGCCAAGCUCACGCCGCACGAGCUCGCCACCUGCGCGCUCGUCUGCAAGGCCUGGGCCGAGUACUCGAUGGACCCAUCCCUGUGGCGCAGCAUGUCGUUCGUGCAGGUGCGCGUGUCGGCGGCGCAGCUGGCCGGCAUCGCGCGCAGGCAGCCGCUGUCGCUCGGCCUCGAGUGGUGCCAUCUGGCGAGGAGGCAACUCGCUUGGUUACUGGCGCGGCUGCCCGCGCUGCGCUCGCUGUCGCUGGCGGGGUCCCCGGCGGAGGCGGCGCUGGCGCUGCGCUCGGGCGCGUGCCCGCCGCUGACGGCGCUGGACCUGUCGUUCGCGCGCGCGCUGGACGACGCCAAGCUGCGCGGCAUCCUGGCGCCGCCCGAGUCCUCGCGGCCCGGCGGCCCGCACACCACGCGCGCCGAGCCCUCGCGCCUCGCCGCGCUCGCCGUGCUGCGCCUGCCCGGCACCGACAUCACCGACGUCGCCAUGCGAUACGUCGUGCAGGCAUUACCAAAGCUAGUAGAACUUGACGCAUCAUCAUGCGCACGGCUGACGGACGCGGGCGCGGCGCAGCUCGCCCAUCAUGGACUGCAGCGACUGUCGCUGGCUGGCUGCCGGCUGCUCACCGAAGCUGCACUCGAUCAUCUUGCGCGAUGCCCUAAUCUCGUCCGGCUGGAUCUUCGACAUGUGCCUCUCGUCUCGACACAAGCUGUCAUCAAAUUCGCGGCAAAAUCGAAACACAACUUGCAUGUUAAGGAUGUGAAACUAGUGGAGUUGCGGAAGACCUGAUCCGAGGGCGAGCCGGCCUCGCCGCCGCCGCCCGAGGACACGGUCGCCGCUUGAACAGUGAGAUAGCUUAGUGAGUGACAGUGUGUUGGUCGCAUACCACAUACGCUUCAGUACGGUUCAGUAAAACGGUCGGAACUUGUUUCACUUUGUUAACAGUUAAGUUAGCACGUUCUAGUCUAGUUUCCAUUAUCGGCUUUAGAAAUUGCCCGCAAUUAUCAACUAUCGUCUUCUUUCAUGACAGCUUCUUAAGUACUUAAGUAAUCGGCAUUUGUCCUAAGAUAAUGUAUGAUUGAUUUUGAGUUUUCUGAAAUUGUUUUGUUAUUCUCAACACUUGUUACACUAAGAAUGAAUUCAAAUGUAUGGUUCCUCAAUGGUUUAUGUACUAGUUAUCUUUCGCACAACAUAUCAAACUAUGCUAUCAACACACAGUUUCUACAACUAAAUGUAGAUAUUUUUGCAAAGACUUAAGCCUAACCUGGUACUAUUAUUGAAGUGAUACGAUUUCUGAAUUAGGAAAAUAUAAUUAGGAAAAGAUUUGUUGAAAGGAAAACUAGGUACCCAAAAUUAAAUCAUUAUAGAGGAAAACGGUCAAACUUAAUCAAUUUUAGUUCCAAUUAUUUGUGAUUUAAAUUUUGCAAUUGAAUGACUUGUGCCAACAUAUAGUUUCUAUAUGACAAAGCACAUUUAUCACUGCACAAUCAAAUAAAAUAUAUUAUAGUUAUAUAUAUUAAUUUUAUUGCAUGCUGUUGCAUCGGUAUUAUAUUUUAUUGUUAGUUUUACGGUAUUUCUUUUAGUUUGAGACCCUUUGGACCACGAGAGGCUCCCAUUUUUAUAAACAUUGACUGAAAAUUCUGAAUUAUUGUUGAAACUUGUAAAAUAGCAUAAUGCAAUAUCAUUCAGAACUCUUGACAUAGACAUAUAUAUUUAUAUUUUUCAUGAUUAGAAAUACAACAAUUAUAUAUCUUAAGUCUCAGUUGUGCGUGAUAUUGCAGCCUAAUAAAGUAUAUAUUUAUAUUAAUACUAUAUUUCCAGCAAUAUUUCUUGUAAAUAGCAUUUGAUUUUAUUUAUUUAACGAUGAUCCAUAGAAAGCAAGUUUUUAGUUACAUGACAAUUCAAAAUUGCUUAGGUUGUAUGUUUUAGUUCUAGUCCCUUUUAGAUAUAAGCUGCAAGUUCUGUGACAGUGGUUGAUUUCUGCGAAAGUAUUAUGUGAUGCGUACUGUGUGAUUGUUAUGGAACUGUCAUGUCUUAUGUAAGAGAUAGUCCAGCAUAUCAGGCGAGAGAGAGUGACAGCUAUAGUGUGCACGGAACAUUCAGGAUAAGGAGCAGUGCGAGUGUAUAUCACUAUCUCGUACAUACAGACACGUUUAAUGUCACAGUUAAUUUUCUCACUAGUUUAAUCGUUAUUAAACAUGCUUAUUUCCAAAUAGUAUUUGAUUUAGACGUGUGAUUAUCGCGAAUCCGGCCCCCAUACCAAAAUGUUACGGAACAAACAUCUCAUAGAAUCGCUCCAAAGAACUCCAUUUUUUAAUUUACAAACGUUAAAUUAUAAGGAAAGACAAUAUGAUAAUAGGACAGUUUUAAAGGAGUAUAUAAAGUUGUUAUGUAACUGGCACCAAAUGUAAAGUAAUUCAAAGAUUUUAUUAUAAUUUUAAAUUAAAAAAUGGGGUGACAUAUCUGUUUACUUCCAGAGCCUGUACAUAUUUCGAGGAGCAGUUAUGUCAUUUUGUUAGUGUGUAAGAAAACCGACUCUGGUCACAGUAAGCAAGGUCGGAGGGCCGCCUAUAGUAUUAGUUUAGGAGAAAUAUGACCUUCUAACAUCUAAGAAAAUUUGUGUAUGCACUUGUCAAACUGUGGACGACGCUAAUAAAUGUUUCUAUAUCUGUCAAAGAGUUAAAUUUUACUAAGAGAUGUUAUAGUUAUAAGCAGUUUAAAUAUAUAUUUUUUCAGAUCAAUAGGACUGAAAUAGAUGUAUAAAUUUCUCGAUUCUGGCGUCAAUAAGAAUAACUUAACAAAUUGACAAGUGCAUACGAACGUCACGGACUGUACAUUGAUAGAGUAAGUUCGUUAUCGAGUAACAUUAUUACUUGGAACCGUGAGCUCUACAAUAUCGAGCUAGUUUCUAAGCAUUGUGUGCCUCUGUUAUAGACAAUUAGAUUAUAAUAAAUGUUUAUAAAAAAUAUACUUGUGACAUCUACCAUGUUCAUGAAAAUAUAUGAUAAUCGGAUUUAGAAAAUGAAAAAAAAAAACAAAUUGAUGAGUGAUUUUUCGCGUUAAUUAUAAGAUAGAUAUUAUCUAGUUUUUUAAGCUGCCUUUAUGCGAGAGUUGAUCAAUAUGGGAUAGCAUUUUAUACGUCUCGCAUGUGGGCACGUCGUUGGCAGUUAUGGUGAUAUUACAUGCCAAUGGCUAGGUUUAUUGUAUAGCGAUAUUAUGCGACGUAACGCGUUCACUGAAAGUAACAUUGUAUCAUUGGUUACCAUAAGCAUAAAAUAAUAUUGGAAAUUAAUAUUUACAAUGAAGUAA